AUGCAGUCCGGAAUCUCAGUCUCCCAAGAACUCCAAAUCGCCUUCACAAGCUUCACCACCGAGGCCACCCAAUUCUGCCUUCCGGUGACCAUCCAAUCCGAGCGCCUGACCCCGCUACCCGCGCUGCCCUUCGCCUCGACCUCGACCUCGAAUGCCUCCAGCUUCUACGCCUCCCUCCCGCAACUCACCACCGUCCUGGAACCCAAGACCCCGAUCUACCUGCUCCUCCGCCGGCCCACCACCGACUCGCAACAUGAACUCCUCGCCCUGACCUACAUCCCCUCCAACGCGGGCGUGCGCAACAAGACCCUCUUCGCGGCGACGCGCGCCACGCUCGCCCGCGAACUCGGCACGGAGAAGUUCGCGGCGACCAUCUUCGCCACGGACGAGGAGGAGGUGAUCGGGGAGGCGGCGUGGCAGGAGCGGGAGGCGGAGAGGGCCCGGAAGGAUGCCGGUGGCACCGCGGAUGCAGGACUGGGGUGGAGGCGGGAGGAUCUGAUGGGCGACAAGGAGCGGGAGUUGGAGGCCGUGAGGCGCGCGGAGGAGGAGGCCCGGUCCGGCACCCCCGGCCGGGAUAUUGGCAUCGGGGGCACCUUCCAGCGGGGCAGUUUGUUCGCCGCGGGGGGCACGGGCGGGGGCGCGUCGGGCAUGCGCAUCCAGAUGCAUGUGGACGAUGAGGUUAAGGCGGCUCUUGCGGGGUUGCGGGCUGGUGGGCUGGUGCAGUUGGCCAUCGAGGUCAAGUCGGAGGCUUUCAAGGUGGCUGUCGCUGAGUCGGGCGUCGAGGCCAACGCCGUCCAGUCGCACAUCCCGGAAUCCUCGCCGCGGUACACGUUCUAUCACUACCCUGACUCCGACACCGUGGUCUUCAUUUACACCUGCCCGUCGGGUUCGUCGAUCCGAGAGCGCAUGCUGUACGCUAGUUCCCGCAUGCACGCGCUCGCGCUGGCUGAAGAGCAGGGACUGAAGGUCUCGAAGAAGAUCGAGGCAUCCUCUCCCGACGAGAUCUCCGGCGAGAGGCUGCAGGAAGAGGUCCACCCGCAACAAAGCACCGGACCCAGUCGCGGGUUCGCGAGACCGAGACGUCCCGGACGGUAA